GGGGAAUGGUCAGCGUCAUCGAUCACACUUGGAGCUUGACCGGAAUAAGAGGUCUGCAUGUGCCUCAGGUUACCCCGCACGAUCGCUUGCACGAGGACCAGAAAGGGAGCGAAGGCGCUGCCCCAAGACCAGGGCUACGCUUUUACACGUUGAAAGGCAGCCAGUGGCAGCGACAGACUUAAGGAUCGCAGCAUAGCUCGAAGCUUCCCUUCCUCUUUCUAUAUUGCUUAUUCGAGAUAUCCUGGCUACCUUGCAUCUCUACCUACUCCUGUAGCCUCGAUCUUCCUCCAAGGCGCACACCCUCCUCGACCACUUGCAUAGAGCUUCAUGUCGUCGGCGACAAAGGCAAACGCCUCCGAGGCUGGCAAGACGCAGCCUUCCCAGGCUUCCAGGCCGUCUGACCUGGACCGACGAGAGCCCUUCACCAUCGAUGUGCUGGUGCGAUGGAUCAGGAACGCCUUCCUUAACACCCCUUUCCUGCUGGCUCUGCCAGCGCUUGUCUACUACUACGACAAGAAGCGUUCCUUGGCACCUUCUGCCUAUCCUGACCCAAGCCUGAGCUACCUCCGGCACCUCCUCUUUACAGAGUACAAGUGGGUGGGGCGCUGGCUGAUCUUCGGUCUCAUCAAGAAGACCAACGAUGUUCUGAACCGGUACGUGGCCAAUCUUGGGGCCUACCGGGCUGACAAAGCCGACUGGUCCAAGGAGGUUGUGGUCAUCACCGGUGGCUCGGCCGGAAUCGGAAAGGCAGUAGUAGAGAUUCUGUCUCACGUCAAGAAGGCAAAGGUGGCUGUCCUGGACAUGGCACCCCCGACUUACGCCCCCGCUCCAGCCGGGGUACCACCUAUUCAGUACUACAAAACCGAUGUCUCGGACCCAGCUCAGGUCAAGGCAGCGGCUGAUCAGAUCCGAGCCUCGCUUGGCGAGCCCACCAUGCUCAUGAACAAUGCCGGUCUGGCUUCGGGCGACCUGAUCAUCGAUGUGGACCCAGAACGAGCUACUCGUCUCUGGAAGGUCAACACUUUGGCCAACUGGAUCACCUGCCAGGAAUUCCUUCCGCACAUGAUCUCCAAGAACCACGGCCACGUGAUGACCGUGGCCUCUUCCGGCUCUUUCAUGUCUCUCCCUCAGAUGUCGGAAUACUCGGGCACCAAGUCUGCCGUCCUGGCCUUCUUUGAGAUCCUGCGAGGCGAGCUGCGCUCGAGGUACUUUGCACCUCGCGUGAGAGCUUCGCUGUGCGCUCCUACCAAGGUUCGCACUUCGCUAGGAGAGGGUAUGGAGGAUCACAAGAUGCCCUUUAUUCACCCCAACCUUGAGGCAUUCGAGGUAGCACGCAAGAUCGUCGAUGCCUUCGAUUCGGGUCUGAGUCAGUACAUUGUCAUGCCUGGCCUGAUGAGGAUCCUCCCCCUGGCACGUGGACUGCCAGACUGGGGUAAGCGAUUCUUGGAGCUAGCGGGCAAGACAGAUCAGACUGUUUCGGACACUUCGAUGAAGAGGGCAUUUGAGGCUGGCUACGGAAAGGACUGGUCUGGACCUGAGGCUGAGGCAAGGAAGAAGGCACUAGAGAGGAUGCAAAAGAGGGGAGGAGCGUCGAAGUAGAUCGAAGUCGAGAGUUCGGAAGCUUCGGAGCGAAGUUCUGCAAGAUUGUUGCGUCUCAUUGAAUGGCUACGAGCAUCUGCUAAUUGUGCUUCAUCUUCUCAUGAGUUGCGUACUGCUAAUAUCCCAAAUCACUAUGAAUAGAUAUUGAAUCGAUCAUUGAUUGCCGUUGG